GUGUGAGUGAGUGAGCGCCGGUACGCGAAUGAACGACUGUGUGACGGCUCCGUCCGCUUGCUUCUGCCUGAAUGUAUGCGAUGUGUGCGUAGUCUCUGUCGGUUGUGUGGACUCCGUGAGCCAGCCCGCGCCUGUUUGUAUUUCCUCCUCUCCAGAGUGCCCCGGUAGACUUCAGCUGGCACGGGCCGCUCUGGUGUCAGUUCGUACCAAGACCACGCGGGAGAUAGUCGCGUCUCGUGUUGAAACAGAAGCAAACCAUAAUAACAACGGUAGCUGUAACAGCUUGUCGUUGCCGCCUUCGUCAUUGUAGUAUCACUAGUAACUGUAGUCAUCGAAAAAAACCUGCUAAUCACCGUGUGUGCCACAAAGGAUAUAUGCAUUCAUUCUACGUGCGCAGUCAGCCUGCGUGUCUACCUAUGUACAUAGAGCAAAACAGUACAUCGACAAAUGUGUGUGCGUGAAUGUUUGUUCAGUUCUGUUAGCGCAACGCCUUGUGAACGUGACCCUUAUUACUCUUGGAUAUUUUGAACGUCAUGAGGACCAUGCCCUGCCGUGCUAUGUGGUGACUGCGCGAAUUGAGGACUUUAACCUCCCCCUAUUCGUAUGCGAGUAUAAUAUAUAUAUAUACAUAUACAUAUACAUAUACAUAUAUAUAUAUAUAUAUAUAUAUAUAUACACAUAUUCUGGUUAUCGUCACCGAACGGUAUCUCGCGCUCAAAAUGAUGACCAUACCUAGUGUUGUCGGUUGCUUAUCUGCUGUGAUCUUCGUCACCGCCAGCUUUCUACAAAGCGCGAUAGCAAGUGGCGUCUUUCAAUUAAAGGUCGAAAGCUUGAACAUGACAAAGGAGCUCAGUCGUCAGGAUGUUCUCCGGCUAAGAAUAUGUUGGAGCCACUUCCAGAGAGAGAUCAAUGCUGAUAACAUGACGUGUACGUACGGCGAGUCCAUUAGCGCACCUCUGAGUCUGCCGUACCCAGCCAACUCAUUCGAGGUGUCGAUGCCGUUCGACUUCGGCUGGCCGGGCACCUUUGCGCUUGUCGUCGAAGCUUGGCUUGAAUCUAAAGUGCCCACCUCAGCACCAGCGUUGCGUCUGACAUCAUCCCAGUUCCUUGCCAUCAGCCAGGAAUGGUCGAAGCCUGACCUCGCUCGGUCCCCCGUAAAAAUUGCCUUCCGCGCCGUCUGCUCUGCUCACUACUAUGGUAUCGCCUGUGAUCGCCUGUGUCGUCCCCGUAACGACCGCUUCGGCCACUACGAAUGCGACGAGGAGGGCAACAAGGUCUGCACUCGCGGCUGGGCCGGUGAAUAUUGUGAUAAACCGGUAUGCAGACCUGGAUGCAAAGGCUCGUGCAGCAAGCCGUUCGGCUGCGACUGCCACUUCGGUUAUGAGGGCGCUAUGUGUGACCAAUGUGUUCGCUUUCCCGGAUGCAAGCACGGUAGCUGUAACCAGCCGUGGCAAUGCAACUGCGACGAAGGAUGGGGCGGGAUGUUGUGCAAUCGUGAUCUCAACUUUUGUACUAAUAACGCCCCGUGCCGGAACGGUGGAACCUGCCUAAACUCGGGUGAUGGUCGUUAUACCUGCAAAUGCCCAAUCGGUUUCGGUGGAAAGAACUGCGAGCAGGUGAUCAAAGGGUGCGCGGCUCUACCUUGCAUGAAUGGUGGAACCUGCAAGGAAGUGUCGAACACAACCGACUACAGCUGCCGCUGUCGUGAAGGCUUUUUCGGUGUCCACUGUGAAUUUCGUAAUGAGACAUGCGACACGAAGAAAUGCGAAAAUAGCGCAACAUGCCGAAACACCAUCUCAGGUCCCCAGUGCAUCUGUCCGCAAGGCUUCGAUGGUCCUAAUUGCGAGCACAAGAUUAAUCCAUGUGACGGUAAUCCCUGCAUGAAUGGUGGACGGUGCACAAAUGGCGAAAAACCAUAUGCCGAUGCCCCAUUCCGUUGUACUUGCCCCGAAGGAUUUUAUGGGCACCGAUGCGAGAUCCGUGACCAUUGCCAGCCAAACCCGUGCUCAAAUGGUGCCACCUGCCAAAGUCACGGUGAUGGCUUCAAGUGCUUCUGCCGAAAGGGCUUCACGGGAGCCAACUGCACAGUUCAAGUUGACCACUGCGUCCUCAAGCCCUGCGCAAACGGAGGCACCUGCUUUUCACGACAAAACGACUUCGAAUGCGCGUGUCCAUCAGGUUUCAGCGGGAAGGAUUGCUCAUUGAACGUGGAUGAGUGCAAGCCGAACCCUUGCAAGAAUGGAGGCCAAUGCACGGACCUCAUCGACGGCUAUAAAUGUACUUGCAAACCGUCAUUCACCGGAGCCAAUUGUGAAUACAGUAUGUCUUACAAAUACGGAGCGUAUGGUUCCAAGUUGAAGCAGAUCCCCGAGGCCGAUGUGGUGACCGCCGCCCAGAAGGCAACCAUUCUGACGCUUGGGAUCCUGCUCGUCAUUUCGAUUGCACUUGGAGCUGUUGCCUAUUAUCGCAAGUACCGACCGAAUCAAGUGGCCAUGCGACAGAACAAAGAGAACUCGGCACGGGCAGCGGCUAUGAUGAACAACUCAAUCUAUCGAUCCGGUGGAAGGAGCGACUCGCUUAUGAGGAACUCGUUGCGACCUGGUGAUGUUGGUUCCCUACGCUAUAGCAUGACGCCCGGCCUAAUCGCUGAUCCCUGCGGUGCAUUUGUACGACCUCAGCCCAAACUUCCUUCACCAGCCAUCAAAAUUAAUGACGAAUUGAAGAACAACAACAAGACGUUACCAAGGCUUGGCACUGACGCGCACGUGUACGCUACUGUUCACGACUACGUCGAUGGGGUCGAGCCGCAGUUCUCACGGUACUCGGUCGUCCGAGGCAGUGGGCUGUACUCAAAUAAUAACAAUAACAAAGUGUUAAACACGAGACAAGAAGAGAACCAUUAUGAGAAUGUGAAGAAAGCAAACCCCUCAAGUGGAGACCUCAAAGCCGACCUCAAGGCAAAAACAGGGGGUUGCCAGAGCAACAAAUCAGCGAAUUUUGUCUGCUCAGCACCUCUGAAGAACAACAAUAACACAAAUCAUAACAACAAUAACAACAACAACCACAUCAGUAAUAAUACUAGCUGUAACAACAGUAGCAGUCACCACGCCGUCCAUAAUACGAGCAGCAGCAAGAUUUGCAACGAGAAAAGCGCCGGGGCAAAUUCGAGCAAGCUCAGUACACAAGUAUAGGCCACCUCUGGCUUCGCCAUUCCCCGAAGCGCCAUGGAUACGCACAUGAUUGGCACCAUUAUCACUAUCGUGUGUAUCGUUAGGGGCCUUUAUACCUGUUUCUGUUAGAUGAUGAAUUCGCUAUGAUCUCUUUGCGCCUACCUGCCUACAUUCGUGUAAUGUGUUUAUUUGCCUGGCGCGUUGGUGCAGUUGUUGCAGCACAGCCACACAAUAUUGGCUGUUUGCUACAGAUUGCUGUUGUUGUUCGGCACUACUGCUGUCUUCUGUUAAUAUUCUUGUUGUUGUAAUCAGAGAGAGAGAGAGAGAGAGAGAGAGAUAGGGAGAUCGAGAUAGAGGGAGAGGGAGAUCGAGAUAGAGGGAGAGGGAGAGAAAUUAAAAUGGUGGACUAGUACUACAAUCAAUAGUUAUGUAGACUAGCUAUACAGGCGUUGUAUAAUUGCGACACAAACAGAAGAUGCAUUACACAUUGUAAAUAAUUGCUGUUGAAAAGUUGUUGUUAAAACUAAAGUAGUAAACGGUGCAGUAACAUAUGCGAGAACCCGGCGGGAUCACGGGGGAGAAGACACAUAGUUAGGGAUAGCUCGGGCAGCUUAAAAGAUAAACGAAGCGGAACAACGAAAAAGGGCCAAAUAAUAAACACAAUACAGCAUAAUGGGAAAAACGAAUUGUGAAGACGCUUGUGAUGUUCGGCGUAUGGCGUAGUUGAGAUUGGCUGAUUGAGUUACAAAUUAAUUAACUAUUACAUAGUAAAUAGCGAUUGCCAAUUUCGACCACGUACAUCGCGUCUAUCUCAUGUAAAUAAUAUCAAAGCGGAUCGAACUAUAUGAUGAUGAUUAUAUUGACAAUAAUCUUAAUUAAUUAUAAUUAUUAUAUUAUUUGAAAAACGUAAUAAUUGUAGAAAACGGAACAAAGCGAGAGGAUUAUUUAUUUUUAAGAAACCAAAAAC